CUCAUCUCGACCUGGAGCUUCUCUUCAUCCUUCGCAUCCUUCCAAAUUUCAAGCGCUGCUACCAUCGCUGAAACCAAACACCCACCAUGACAGACACAAUCCCGUACCUUCUCAGCCUAAAGGCCGUGCGAGAACGAGCACAGAUCGUGUUCAAGAAUGCGGAGCAAGGCAAGCUGAGCAACUUCGACUACCACCCCGAGAAGCUCGAUGCGGCCGCCAAAUAUGUGAUGGAUAUUAUCGAGAGAGACUUCGGACCAGACAAAUACCACCUCAUCCCCCCGCACGGUCGCUGGCAGCAUUUCGAAGUCGGUGGAGUACCCAGGAUCGCAGAUUUGAUCGAGCGAUGGGAGACACAGGGAUACGACGAUGCAGAGAAGGUGCGAAGUCUGCUCGAUCUGUUCUUUGUGUCGGUUCUCCUGGACGCUGGGGCGGGUGAUCACUGGCGCUUCCGCGAGGAGAAGACCGGACAGGUAUAUAACAGAAGUGAGGGGAUUGCUGUCGCGUCGCUGUAUAUGUUUUUGGACGGGGUGUUUGCAAACAAGGAUUCUUCGCGGAAGGAUGUUGUGCAUGGGGAGGCGCUGGAGAAAAUCACCCCGGAGGAGCUAUCUCGCGGUUUCCAAGUCGAUGAAAGCAAUCCCUUGCUUGGAGUGAAUGCACGAACGGAACUCAUUCAACGACUAGGAGCAUCGUUGCGUAAUCUGUCCGAUAUCUUUGGUCCAGAGGGCCGUCCAGGUCGACUCUUUGACUAUCUACAAUCCCAGAACAAAGGAAGUCUCGAUUACACCCAGCUCUGGAACGCCCUGCAAACAACCCUCAUCCCAAUCUGGCCGUCCGAUCGAACUCGCAUUGACGGAAAGCCCAUCGGAGAUGCAUGGCCUUUGAAAGUCCUCGCAGACAACGCCUCCACCAGCACGGGCGGCAUCCAGCCAUUCCACAAACUCACUCAGUGGCUCGCAUACUCGCUGAUGGUCCCAUUCCAGCGUCUCCUAUCGGUGAAAUGGACCAAUGCCGAGCUCGGCACCGGUCUCCCAGAGUACCGAAAUGGCGGAAUGUUCGUUGACAUGGGGGUUCUCACGCUGAAGCCCGAUACGUUGCAGCAGGGAUUGAAGACCUCCGGGACUAGUUUGCCUUGCUACGGGGCUAGUAGUGAUGAGAUCGUGGAGUGGCGCGCCAUGACGGUUGCUCUGCUGGAUGAAUUGCAUAAGCGCAUCUUGUCGAGUGGUCGGUUUGGUGAGACGAAGUUGACUCUGCCGCAGAUGCUGGAGGCAGGGUCUUGGAAGGCGGGACGGGAGUUGGCUGCUGAGAAGAGGCCGGAGAGUAGGUGCAGUCCGAUCCUGAAUUCGGGAGAUGGUACAUUGUUUUAGAUAGUUAUGUCUAGCGUUAGUCUCUGGCUAUAAGGGCAAAAUGCAAAUGGC